GGCCAUACAUGCCAGCUGAAAUGAAUCCUGUUGGAAGUCCUAAUGGUGGCGGCAUGUUUUACACUCCAUGUGAUACAUCGACUAAUCUGUGUUUUGAGACAUUUAAAAAGCCUACGUUGAGACCAACUGGGAAACAUGGUGACUAUGGAAGCUGUGUAUCAGAGGAUCGUGGAAAGACCAAUUCAAUGGACCGGCAUCUCGACGUAAGCUCUGCCUCAUCAUCAAAUCAAAGUUCAUUCACGGACCUCUCGGAUGGCUGCAGGAUAAAUACUAGCAGACCACAUUCUGUAAGGCACGAAGAAAAGUUGAGGAAAAGUAUGAAUAUACAAACUAGGAUCGACCUGCUCUUGAUUGGAAAAACCGGGAAUGGCAAAAGUGCGACUGGAAAUUCCAUUGUAGGGAAACGAAAGUUUGCGAGCGAGUCCAGUACAUCUUCUGUGACGAAAGAGUUCGACGCCGAUAUCACAGAACACAAGGGUCGUCAGAUUAAGGUCGUGGAUGGUCUGGCAUUUUGUGACACAAGGCUGGAUAAUGAACGGUCAGUUGAGCAGUUGAAUGAUGAAGCAAAAUUGGCUCUGGCAGCCAAUCCUGAAGGCUAUCAUGCUUUUCUUUUCGUCCUGAAAUACGGCAAUAGGUUUACACGUGACGAACAGGAGUCGGUUGUGUUGUUAAAGAAAAUAUUUGGAGAUGAUUUUGUUAGUAAAUUUUGUAUUUUAAUCUUGACAUGCGGAGAUGUUUUUCAUCAAGAUCAGGAGGAAACAGAUUCAGUAGGAUUGGCCUUCUCGGAGUGGUGCCAAAAACAAGAUGGCGCCUUUAAGGAUUUGCUCGAGGAGUGUUGCAAUAGGGUGGUCUUGUUUGAUAAUAAAACCAAAAACAAGAAAAAGAAAAAAGAACAAGUUGACACAUUAGUCAAAAUGGUUGAUGAGUUGAGAUUUCGCGAUCGACGUUAUACGGAAGCUCGCUAUGAAAAGGCUCAGAAAAUCAAAGAUAAUGUGGCAGCCAAACCAAAGGUGCUCACGAUAAACGGCGAGACCACGGUCAAAGAAGAACGUCCAGUUGUUGACCAGCCGCAAGUCUCACAUGAGACAGUAGACUUAGUCACACUUGACAAGAUGUUGAGUCAAACCAAUACUGUCCAGGUCAUUCUUGCCAAGCUGGAAGAAUUCUCAGGAGGUUUUCGAGACCUGACUCAAACCUUGGAAACUCGACAAAAAAAGGUUUCUAAUGAAAACGAUUUCUCUCGCAUAUGUAUUGAAGAAACACAACAAAGUCGACAACAGGAAGAAGAAAUGAAACAGGUAUUCGAUAAAGAGCUGAAAAAUCAAAGGGAGGAUUUUGAAAAUCAGAUUGACGACUUAAAACGCCAUGAGCAGCAGAGGAGGGAAAUAGAACGCAAUCAUCAGAAGAGAUUUGAAGAUCUGGUGCAACAGAGGCGAGACAAGGAGCGCGGACCUCAAACGAUUCCCAGAGCAAUGGAACAGGCUGGACAAGCACAAGGAGGGGGAACUUUUGACCUCAAAAAUAUUCUUUCGGAAAGCCUGAAACUGGUACAGGAAGGACUGAAGCAGGUUGAGAAUGCAUAGACAAACUUAAGGCAGCAACUGUCUUAAGUUCAGGUGACUUGAGUCAACAACUGUCUUAAGUUCAGGUGAGAAUUCCAGUGUCGCCUCAACCUUUUGUCAGUUAUGAGCUCUGUAAAUAAAAGUUCCGUUACUUUAUAAACGUUUUGGCACCAUAAAGCUGGUGGUGUUUAGGCGGCGGAGUUUUUCUUCUCUUAUUUUAAUUAAAAUAAAGUUACAGCGCUGGCUGU